CCACCUCAACACAGCAAAUUAUAUAUAUUCUCAUUGUGUCUGUGUGUUUGUGUGUGUGUGAAGAAAUUUGUGAAGCUCGAUCGAUAAGCUGCAUUAAUGGAGAUUGACGGAGAAGGGGAGGCAAUUGUGUUCUUUGAUUUGGAGACGACAUUUCAGGAUCGGGUUCUGUUAGAAUUCGGAGCCAUAUUUGUAUGCCCAAGGAGGUUGAUUGAGCUUGACAGUUAUUCGACCCUGAUCCGACCCACUGACCCAUCAUUCUCGGAUACUUUCUCGGGUCAUCAUGGCAUCACCAGAGCAGACCUAGCUUCUGCCCCUCUCUUCCCUGAAGUUGCUGACGACAUCUACCAAAUCCUCAAUGCGCGAAUAUGGGCUGGACACAAUAUUAAGGACUUCGAUUGUCCUCUUAUUAAGGAGGAGUUUGCUGAAAUUGGUUGGCGAGCACCAAGAUAUAGGCAAUUGAUUGAUUCGUAUCCAUUGUUAACAGAAUGGUUUGGAAAGAGAGCUGGUGAUAUGAAGUUGUCUACUCUCGCAGCUUAUUUUCGGUUUGAAGAGCAACCACACAGGUGUUUGCCUGAUGUCCGAAUGAAUCUUGAAGUUCUCAAGCACUGUGGAACUGUUUUAUUCUUGGAGUCUAUUUUUCCUGAAGUACUUCAAAGUUCAUGGAUUUCUCCUAAUGAAGUUUCUAUACCUUCUACUUUUGCAAUCCCUGCCUCCUUUUAUGAUGGAAACCCAAGAAUACGUAUUAUGCACAAUGACAUUGAUUUGAAGCUGCAUUGUAGUCGCCUCAAGGUGCAGUUAGAAAUUAGAAAGUUUGAUGAUGCUAAUCGUCGACUCACUUUUGUGGUGGCUGCUUCUCGGCGUUUAUGUGAAGUUCUGGAUGAGUGUGAUAUUCUUGUUGAGCAGAGAUACAAGGAUUGCGGUGGUGACUCAGAAUGGCUUCCUGUGGUUAACAGAGAUUAUCAGAGCGUUCGAUUGCGAUUGAAAGCUAGAGUGGAUGGUAACACUGUUCACUGGAGGACGCAGAUAGAGAGAUAUCAGAAUGAAUCUUCCACCUUCCAAAGAGUUGAGUCUAGUAAUUUUGACUCCGCGGAACUAGCGAACUUGUUCAUUCCUGGGACCUCUGCGGAUGCAUUUUUCUCUUUGGAAACCUUUGAUUAUAGGGAGAAAGCAGGUAUCGGCUUAGUGGCUGAUAAGUUGAUUAUACAUCACCAGUGAUUUGGUCACUCUACUUCGUUUGCUGAGAAGAGUUCAAAGAUCAUUGUCGAAGUAGUAGUAUGUUGACCAUGUUGCUGUAGCUCUUUGUCAAUGUAUCAGCCUUCGGUUCUAUUUUACUUUUGCCUUUACUUUGUUCAUCUUAAAAUGGUGUUUUGUGCUUUUAAGGUU